UGCUGUUAUUCAAGCCAAUAGGCCGACGCAGCCAGUUUCCCUCAGCAUGCUCGGUCGCCCAGCUGGGUCUAGGGUUUCUAUGUACGCCAGUGAGACCGGCCUCCGUGAAGUCGCUGCUUAUCUCCUUGACCAUGGCAGCUUCUCUGGCGUGCCUCCGACUGCCCUUAUCAAGAUUUCUCAUCCAUCCCUUCAUUCCGUUGCUGGCUCUCCUUCCGGCACGCUGUCCAAGAAAAUUGCCUCCAUUCAGAGAUUCGUGCCACACAAUUUUGAUGCCGGUGAUCUGGGGCCGUCAAGGUUUUCCGUCACGUCUGUCCACCGUAUCGGCAUUCUUGAUGUGAGGCUCCUCAACAUCGAUCGCCACGCUGGCAAUAUCCUAGUCAGGAAGCACGUGACAAAUGGAAGCUAUCGAGAUGAGCCGUCUCCAAUGGCCGAGCUUGUGCCGAUCGAUCAUGGCCUUUGCCUACCGGAAUUCCUCGAUGACCCUUACUUUGAGUGGUGGCCGCAGUCCACUGUUCCUUUCUCAGAGAUUGAGACCGAGUAUAUAUCAGUGCUGGACCCGUUUAAGGAUGCGACACUUCUUCGGUCUGAGCUGCCGUCGUUAAAGGAGUCAGCCAUCAGAAUUUUUAUUCUCUGUACUAUCUUUCUUAAGAGGGCAGCAGCAGAAGGCCUUUGCUUGGCUGACAUUGGAAGCAUGAUGACAAGGGAUUUUUGUGGGAUUGAAGAACAACCGAGUGUGCUUGAAGCCCUCUGCAACCAAGCAGAAGACUCAAUCCGCACACGCAGUACUAGCUUCUUCUUAGAAGAUGAUAGCAGCAGUGAAGAUAGUGAUUACAGUGAUGAUGAUGAAGAUGAUGAACCGAUUGUUCAGUUUGAGAUGGAAUGUGAUGAUGUCGGAUUCACAAAGAGCUGUAUCGAGAAUGUGCUUGAUAUUCCUCUGUUUCUUCGAAGCAUGAAUGAGGUGAAAUCAAAUGUUUUGGGGACUCUGAGUGAAGGAGGAGGAGAAGAAGAUAAUGGGGAUAAUUUUGAUGAUGAGAGAGAUGAACCCAAGUUGGGAAGUAUCACGAAGAGCCUGAGCCUGACAGCUGCAGAGCUUAACCAUGAAUCUGGUGAAAGUUCAAGUGGCAAGUGUAUCUCCUUCAACAGGAUGAGUGAGGAACAAUGGGGCUUGUUUCUGGAGAGGUUUGAGCAACUAUUGCCUGUGGCUUUUGAGGCAAGGAAGAGCAUGGGGUUGAAGCAAAGGUUAGGAACUUCAUGCAAGUUUUAAGAAACCCAGAGAGAUGUAGAGAGAGAAAUUGAGAUGAUGCAAACUAAAAGAGCUUCUAGAUAGGGUAUUUCAUGAAACUAAUGGAGGAUGUAUGCCAUAUCUGUACAUUGAAUAGGUGGUGUACCAUGCAUAUGGUUUGUAGAUCCAAUUAGGUUUGAGCAGUGGAGUACUUGAAGAAUGAAGAUACUGUUUCAGUAGCAAAUCCCUGAUGGAUGUCCCUAUGGGGAAUGAAGUAUCCUUGAUACCUUUCAUCUGCCUAAUAUGAUGUUCCAUAUUGAUCA